CAUGAUCCAAUGGCCAUGCACUAUCAUUUUAUAAUUAAAUAAUUUUUUUUUAUCUAUUUAUGAAUACUGCUUGACCUUCCUAUAUAAAUAGGCUUCAAGCUUAGUCUCGAUCACCAUAUCAUUAAAAGACUUGUGAGCCUAUUUUUCUCAUCUGCAACAAUAGUUCAUGUUUUUGCUGUGAUUACUAAUUAAUAGUAAAAUCAAUGGCUAUUCCUGUAAUUGAUUUCUCAAAGCUUGAUGGUGAAGAGAGAGCCAAGACUCUGGCUCAGAUUGCUAAUUGCUGUGAAGAGUGGGGAUUUUUUCAGCUGAUCAACCAUGGGAUCUCUGAGGAGCUGUUAGAGAAGGUGAAGAAAGUUGCGUCCGAAUGCUUCAAACUGGAAAGAGAGCCGAAUUUCAAGAACUCGAAGCCGGUCAAACUGCUGAACGAAAUAAUCGAGAAAAAAAGAGAUGAGAAAUUAGAGAAUGUGGAUUGGGAGGAUGUUUUCUUGCUAUCAGAUGAUAAUGAUGAUCAGUGGCCUAACAAAACCCCUGGCUUCAAGGAUACCAUGAAGGAGUACAGAUCCGAGCUGAAGAAGCUAGCUGUCCGAGUCAUGGAGACCAUGGAUGAGAACUUGGGCCUGCCCAAUGGCUACAUCAAUCGGGCCUUCAACGCCGGAGCCCAAACCGGCGACAAGGCCUUCUUUGGCACUAAGGUCAGCCACUACCCUCCGUGCCCCCAGCCCGAAAGGGUAAAUGGGCUCCGGGCCCACACAGACGCGGGUGGGGUCAUCCUCCUAUUCCAGGAUGAUGAGGUGGGGGGCCUCCAGAUUCUGAAGGAUGGUGAUUGGGUCGACGUGCAGCCCAUGAAAAAUGCCAUAGUCAUCAACACAGGUGAUCAAAUCGAGGUGUUGAGCAAUGGGAGGUAUAAGAGCGUGUGGCAUCGGGUUCGGGCCAUGCGGGCUGGGAACAGGCGUUCCAUAGCCUCAUUUUAUAACCCAUCGUUCGAGGCCAAGAUCGGGCCCGCUGAGGGAUUGGUGGCCCAGUAUCCGGAGUUUGUUUUCGGGGAUUAUAUGUCGAUUUAUGUUGAGCAGAAGUUUUUGGCUAAGGAGCCUAGGUUUCAAGCUGUGAAAGCUAUGUAGAAUAAUAUUAAUAUCAAUUAUGUUUUCUUUUUCUUUUUCUU